GCUUAAUUUUUAUGUUUCAGAUUUGAAAAUGAAAAAUUUUCUUACUUUCACUGGCAUUAUUCUUCUUUCCUUAAUAGGUUGUUCUUCCUCCCUAGAGUGCUACGAAUGUGAUGGGGAAAGUUGUGUUUCUGAAUCCUUGGAUCAAGUAAAAUGUCAGGAAGGAGCAGUUUACUGUCUCAAGCUACAACUUGAUGAAGAAUUUACUAAGUCCUGUGCCUACGAUGCUCCUCAGAACGACGAGGAAGGGUGUAAAGAGUUUGGCACAACUAAGACCUGUUACUGCAAGGGAGAUUUUUGUAAUUCUUCAAACCAUGUUUCAGCUCUCUUCUCCACUCUUCUUCUCCUUCUUCUUCUUCAUAUUUUGCAUUAAACAUUAUUAUAUCUUUUUUCAUUAGAUCAUUACCCUCGGUGCCAAAAUUUGAAAUAUCUUUUGUUUAAUUAUCUAAUCUAAUUAUCUAAUUGUCGUCUUUUUAUUCAAUUUGUGUUUAAGCUUCAGGUGCAAUAAAGUUAAAACCAUACAACUCUAGAAAAGGAGGACGACAUUUUAAUAUUUGUAUUUGAUGCUGUUUUAAUGCAAAUAAUUUACAAGAAUAGAUUGAAUCAUAACUUGAGUCUAACAGUCGUCUUCCUAUUCCACAGUUUUAUGGGUCCUCUUGUAUAAUACAGAUUUCGUUUAAAGUUUAAAACAAACAAACACAUUUUCAAUAAAGUUUACAUAAAUUCAAAA